CCUCCAACAAGAUGGCGGAGGCCAAAUAGCGAGGGGGCGGAGUGUCGCCGCCGGAAACCCGGCCGCUGCUGGUGGGGGAGCUGCGGGCCAAGGCCCGGGAGCAGCGGGCCGAGGUUGGCGCGAUGCUGUUCCCAGCAAGCGUUGUUGGGUACCGGUGAGGAAGGUGCACACGGAGUUGCCUUCCCGGGCCCCCGGUGCUCCCUAUGUACACCUCCCUGGGCUCGGGUCCGGUGGCCACUUUGCCCACUUCUGUACCACUCUCCACUCUCGGGUCCUGGAGCUGCGGCGGCGGCAAAGGCUGUGUCCCGCAGGAGAGGAAGCGCCCGGGCGUCCGUGUUUCUGGCCGCAGGGCGAGCGUCUGGCAGGAAGUACUUAAACAACUACAAGGAAGUAUUGAAGAUGAAGCUAUGACAUCUUCUGGACAGAUUGAUUUAUUAGAGCGUCUCAAAGAGCUUAACUUAGAUAGCAGUAAUUUCCCUGGAGUGAAACUACGGUCAAAAAUGUCCCUCCGUUCUUAUGGAAGCCGGGAAGGAUCUGUAUCUAGUCGUUCAGGAGAGUGCAGUCCUGUUCCUAUGGGGUCGUUUCCAAGAAGAGGGUUUGUAAAUGGAAGCAGAGAAAACACCGGUUAUUUAGAAGAACUUGAGAAAGAGAGAUCAUUACUUCUUGCUGAUCUUGACAAAGAAGAAAAGGAAAAAGACUGGUAUUAUGCUCAACUUCAGAAUCUUACUAAAAGAAUAGAUAGUCUUCCUUUAACUGAAAAUGUAAGUAACUUGCGAAGAGUAACCAGAAUUCAGCAAAUAGAGAAGGACAUACUUCGUAUACGACAGCUUUUACAGUCCCAAGCAACAGAAGCAGAGAGGUCAUCUCAGAGCAAGCAUGAAGCCGGCUCACAUGAAGCCGAGCGGCAGAAUGAAGGUCAAGGAGUGGCAGACAUCAACAUGGCAACUUCUGGUAGUAGUCAGCAGCAUCCCUGGUCUGUACUAGAUGCCCAUAGCAAUUCCUCCUGUGUCUGUGACAACCAAAAAUGUCUCCAAGAUAUUGCCAAAAUAUCCCAUUCAUCACUUCACUGGUGUUGGCUUUUAGAUAUUAAAGUCAUAAUUUUGUUUCUAAACUCAUUUGGCCCACAGGUGGAAAUGGUGUAUUCAUUGUUGUCAAUGCUUGGUACUCAUGAUAAGGAUGAUAUGUCACGAACUUUGCUAGCUAUGUCUAGCUCCCAGGACAGCUGUAUAUCCAUGCGACAGUCUGGAUGUCUUCCUCUGCUCAUCCAGCUUUUACAUGGCAAUGACAAAGACUCUGUGUUGUUGGGAAAUUCUCGGGGCAGUAAAGAGGCUCGGGCCAGGGCCAGUGCAGCACUCCACAACAUCAUUCACUCACAGCCUGAUGACAAGAGAGGCAGGCGUGAAAUCCGAGUCCUUCAUCUUUUGGAACAGAUACGAGCUUACUGUGAAACCUGUUGGGAGUGGCAGGAAGCCCACGAACAAGGCAUGGAUCAGGACAAAAAUCCAAUGCCAGCUCCUGUUGAACAUCAGAUCUGUCCUGCUGUUUGUGUUCUCAUGAAACUUUCAUUUGAUGAGGAGCAUAGACAUGCAAUGAAUGAACUUGGGGGACUACAGGCCAUUGCAGAAUUAUUGCAAGUGGACUGUGAAAUGUAUGGGCUUACUAAUGACCACUACAGUAUUACAUUAAGACGAUAUGCUGGAAUGGCUUUGACAAACUUGACUUUUGGAGAUGUUGCCAACAAGGCUACGCUAUGCUCUAUGAAAGGCUGCAUGAGAGCGCUGGUGGCCCAACUAAAAUCUGAAAGUGAAGACUUACAGCAGGUUAUUGCAAGUGUUCUAAGGAAUUUGUCUUGGCGAGCAGAUGUAAAUAGUAAAAAGACAUUGCGCGAAGUUGGAAGUGUGAAAGCAUUGAUGGAAUGUGCUUUGGAAGUUAAAAAGGAAUCAACCCUCAAAAGCGUAUUGAGUGCCUUAUGGAAUUUAUCAGCACAUUGCACUGAGAAUAAAGCUGAUAUAUGUGCGGUAGAUGGUGCACUUGCAUUUUUGGUUGGCACUCUCACUUACCGGAGCCAGACAAAUACUUUAGCCAUUAUUGAAAGUGGAGGUGGGAUAUUACGGAAUGUGUCCAGCUUGAUAGCUACAAAUGAGGACCACAGGCAAAUCUUGAGAGAGAACAACUGCUUGCAAACCUUAUUACAACACUUAAAAUCUCACAGUUUGACAAUAGUCAGUAAUGCAUGUGGAACCUUGUGGAAUCUCUCAGCAAGAAACCCGAAAGACCAGGAGGCAUUAUGGGACAUGGGGGCUGUCAGCAUGCUCAAGAACCUCAUCCAUUCAAAGCACAAAAUGAUUGCUAUGGGAAGUGCCGCUGCUUUACGGAAUCUCAUGGCAAAUAGACCUGCAAAGUAUAAGGAUGCCAAUAUUAUGUCUCCUGGUUCAAGCUUGCCAUCUCUUCAUGUCAGGAAACAGAAAGCCCUAGAAGCAGAAUUAGAUGCUCAGCAUUUAUCAGAAACUUUUGACAAUAUUGACAAUUUAAGUCCCAAGGCAUCUCAUCGUAGUAAGCAAAGACACAAGCAAAAUCUCUACGGUGACUAUGUUUUUGAUACCAAUCGACAUGAUGAUAAUAGGUCAGACAAUUUUAAUACUGGAAACAUGACUGUCCUGUCACCAUAUUUAAAUACUACAGUGUUGCCCAGCUCCUCUUCAUCAAGGGGGAGUUUAGAUAGCUCUCGUUCUGAAAAAGACAGAAGUUUAGAGAGAGAGCGAGGAAUGAGCCUAGGCAGCUACCACCCAGCAACAGAAAAUCCAGGCACGUCUUCAAAGCGAGGCCUGCAGAUAUCCACCACUGUGGCCCAGAUUGCUAAAGUCAUGGAAGAAGUGUCAGCCAUCCACACCUCCCAGGACGACAGAAGUUCUGGGUCUGCUACAGAAUUACACUGUGGGACAGACGAGAGGAACGCACUCAGAAGAAGCUCUACUGCCCACACACAUUCAAACACUUAUAACUUCACUAAGUCAGAAAAUUCAAAUAGGACAUGUCCUAUGCCUUAUGCCAAACUGGAAUAUAAGAGAUCUUCAAAUGACAGUUUAAAUAGUGUCAGUAGUAGUGAUGGUUAUGGUAAAAGAGGUCAAAUGAAACCUUCAAUUGAAUCCUAUUCUGAAGAUGAUGAAAGUAAAUUUUGCAGCUAUGGUCAAUAUCCAGCUGACCUAGCCCAUAAAAUACACAGUGCAAAUCAUAUGGAUGAUAAUGAUGGAGAACUAGACACACCAAUAAAUUAUAGUCUUAAAUAUUCAGAUGAGCAGUUGAACUCCGGAAGGCAAAGUCCUUCACAAAAUGAAAGAUGGGCAAGACCCAAACAUAUAAUAGAAGAUGAAAUGAAACAGAGUGAGCAAAGACAAUCCAGGAGUCAAAGCACAACCUACCCCGGGUACACUGAGAGCACUGACGAUAAACACCUCAAGUUCCAGCCACAUUUUGGACAGCAAGAAUGCGUUUCCCCAUAUAGGUCGAGAGGAGCCAGUGGUUCCGAAACAAAUCGAGUAAGUUCUAAUCAUGGAAUUAAUCAAAAUGUCAACCAGUCCUUGUGUCAGGAAGAUGACUACGAAGAUGAUAAGCCAACCAACUAUAGCGAGCGUUACUCUGAGGAAGAGCAGCAGGAGGAAGAGAGGCCGACAAACUACAGCAUAAAGUACAAUGAGGAAAAACAUCAUGUGGAUCAGCCCAUUGAUUACAGUUUAAAAUAUGCCACAGACAUUCCUUCCUCACAGAAACCAUCCUUUUCAUUUUCGAAGAGCUCAUCUGGACAAAGCACUAAAACUGAACACCUCUCUUCAAGCAGUGAGAAUACAUCCACACCUUCGUCUAAUGCCAAGAGGCAGAAUCAGCUCCACCCGAGUUCUGCCCAAAGCAGAAGUGGUCAGACUCCAAAGGCCAGCUCCUGCAAAGUUCCGUCUAUCAACCAGGAAACAAUACAGACUUACUGUGUGGAAGACACCCCAAUAUGUUUUUCAAGGUGUAGUUCAUUAUCAUCUUUGUCAUCAGCUGAAGACGAAAUAGGAUGUGAUCAAACAACACAGGAAGCAGAUUCUGUUAAUACACUACAAAUAGCAGAAAUCAAAGAAAACAGUGGAACUAGAUCAACUGAAGAUUCUGUGAGUGAAGUCCCAACCACAGCACAGCACAGCAGAACCAAACCCAGCAGACUCCAGGCUUCCAGUUUGGCUUCAGAACCGCCCCGGCACAAAGCUGCUGAACUUUGUUCAGGGGCCAAAUCUCCAUCAAAAAGUGGUGCCCAGACUCCUAAAAGUCCACCCGAGCACUAUGUUCAGGAGACCCCACUCAUGUUUAGCAGAUGUACGUCUGUCAGUUCACUUGAUAGCUUUGAGAGUCGUUCCAUUGCCAGCUCCGUUCAGAGUGAACCCUGCAGUGGAAUGGUAAGUGGCAUUAUAAGCCCCAGUGACCUCCCAGAUAGCCCCGGACAAACCAUGCCACCAAGCAGAAGUAAAACCCCUCCUCCUCCGCCGCCGCCUCAAACAGCUCAAGCUAAACGAGAGGUGCCUAAGAAUAAAGCUCCAAAUGCUGAAAAAAGAGAAAGUGGACCUAAGCAAGCUGCUGUGAACGCUGCAGUUCAGAGGGUCCAGGUUCUUCCAGAUGCUGACACUUUAUUGCAUUUUGCCACAGAAAGCACUCCAGAUGGAUUUUCUUGUUCCUCGAGCCUGAGUGCUCUGAGCCUCGAUGAGCCAUUUAUACAAAAGGAUGUGGAAUUACGAAUAAUGCCUCCAGUCCAGGAAAAUGACAAUGGGAAUGAAACAGAAUCUGAGCAGCCCGAAGAAUCAAAUGAAAACCAGGCAAAGGAGGCAGAAAAGCCUACUGAUUCUGAAAAAGACCUAUUAGAUGAUUCAGAUGAUGACGAUAUUGAAAUACUAGAAGAAUGUAUUAUUUCUGCCAUGCCAACAAAAUCUUCACGCAAAGUCAAAAAGCCAGCCCAGAGCGCUACAAAAUUACCUCCACCUGUAGCAAGGAAACCAAGUCAGCUGCCCGUGUACAAACUCCUGCCAUCACAAAACAGGAUACAAGCACAAAAGCAUGUUAGCUUUACACCAGGAGAUGAUAUGCCACGAGUGUACUGUGUAGAAGGGACACCUAUAAACUUUUCCACAGCGACAUCUCUAAGUGACCUAACAAUAGAGUCCCCUCCUAAUGAGUUAGCUGCUGGUGACGGGGUUAGAGCAGGGGCACAGUCGGGUGAAUUUGAAAAACGAGAUACCAUUCCUACAGAAGGCAGGAGUACAGACGAGGCUCAAAGAGGAAAAACCUCAUCUAUAACUAUACCUGAACUGGAUGACAGCAAGACAGAAGAAGGUGAUAUUCUUGCAGAAUGCAUUAAUUCUGCCAUGCCCAAAGGGAAAAGUCACAAGCCUUUCCGUGUGAAGAAGAUAAUGGACCAGGUCCAACAAGCGUCUAUGUCCUCAUCUGGAACUAACAAGAACCAAUUAGAUGGUAAGAAAAAGAAACCUACUUCGCCAGUAAAACCUAUGCCACAAAAUCCUGACUAUAGGACGCGUGUAAAAAAAAAUACAGAUUCAAAAAACAAUUUAAAUGCUGAGAGAACUUUUUCAGACAACAAAGAUUCAAAGAAACAGAACUUGAAAAAUAAUUCCAAGGACUUCAAUGAUAAGCUACCAAAUAAUGAAGAUCGAGUCAGAGGAAGUUUUACUUUUGAUUCACCUCAUCAUUACACGCCUAUUGAGGGAACUCCAUACUGUUUCUCACGAAAUGACUCUCUGAGUUCUCUAGAUUUUGAUGAUGAUGAUGUCGACCUUUCCAGGGAAAAGGCUGAAUUAAGAAAGGGGAAAGAAAAUAAGGAAUCAGAAGCUAAAGUCACCAGCCACAUAGAACUAACCUCAAGCCAACAAUCAGCUAAUAAGACACAAGCUGUGACAAAACAUCCAAUAAGUCGAGGACAGCCUAAACCCAUAUUGCAGAAGCAGUCUGCUUUUCCCCAGGCAUCCAAAGACAUACCAGACAGGGGGGCAGCCACCGAUGAAAAAUUACAGAAUUUUGCUAUUGAAAAUACUCCAGUUUGCUUUUCUCGAAAUUCCUCUCUAAGUUCCCUGAGUGACAUUGAUCAAGAAAACAACAACAACAAGGAAAAUGAACCUAUCAAAGAGGCAGAGCCCCCUGACUCACGGGCAGAGCCAAAACCUCAGGCAUCCGGCUAUGCUCCUAAAUCAUUCCACGUUGAAGACACACCUGUCUGUUUCUCAAGAAACAGUUCUCUCAGUUCUCUCAGUAUUGAUUCUGAAGAUGACCUGUUGCAGGAAUGCAUAAGCUCUGCAAUGCCAAAAAAGAAAAAGCCUUCAAGACUCAAGGGUGAUAAUGAAAAGCAUAGUCCCAGAAACAUGGACGGGAUAUUAGCAGAAGAUUUGACACUUGAUUUGAAAGAUAUACAGAGACCAGAUUCAGAACACGGUUUAUCCCCUGAUUCAGAAAAUUUUGAUUGGAAAGCCAUUCAGGAAGGUGCAAAUUCCAUAGUGAGUAGUUUACAUCAAGCUGCUGCUGCUGCCUGUUUAUCUAGACAAGCUUCAUCUGAUUCGGAUUCCAUCCUUUCACUGAAAUCAGGCAUCUCGCUGGGAUCACCAUUUCAUCUCACACCUGAUCAAGAGGAAAAACCCUUUACAAGUAAUAAAGGCCCACGAAUUCUGAAACCUGGGGAGAAAAGUACAUUGGAAGCUAAAAAGGUAGAAUCUGAAAAUAAAGGAAUCAAAGGAGGGAAAAAAGUUUAUAAGAGUUUGAUUACUGGAAAAGUUCGAUCUAAUUCGGAAAUUUCAAGCCAAAUGAAACAGCCCCUUCAAGCAAACAUGCCUUCAAUCUCCCGAGGGAGGACAAUGAUUCACAUUCCAGGAGUUCGAAAUAGCUCUUCUAGUACAAGUCCAGUUUCUAAAAAAGGCCCACCCCUGAAGACUCCAGCCUCUAAAAGCCCUAGUGAGGGUCAGACAGCCACCACUUCUCCUAGAGGAGCCAAGCCAUCAGUGAAGUCAGAAUUAAGCCCUGUUACCAGGCAGACAUCCCAACAGGCUGGGUCAAAUAAAGGGCCUUCCAGAUCAGGAUCUAGAGACUCCACUCCUUCAAGACCGGCCCAGCAGCCAUUAAGUAGACCUAUGCAAUCUCCAGGGCGAAACUCAAUUUCUCCUGGCAGAAAUGGAAUAAGCCCUCCUAACAAAUUAUCUCAACUGCCAAGGACAUCAUCCCCUAGUACUGCUUCAACUAAGUCCUCGGGUUCUGGGAAAAUGUCAUACACGUCUCCAGGCAGACAGAUGAGCCAGCAGAACCUAACCAAACAAACGGGUUUAUCCAAAAAUGGCAGUAGUAUCCCAAGAAGUGAGUCUGCCUCCAAAGGACUAAAUCAGAUGACUAAUAGCAAUGGAUCCAAUAAAAAGGUAGAACUUUCUAGAAUGCCUUCAACCAAAUCAAGUGGAAGUGAAUCUGAUAGGUCAGAGAGACCUGUAUUAGUACGCCAGUCAACUUUCAUCAAAGAAGCUCCAAGCCCAACCCUGAGGAGAAAAUUGGAGGAAUCUGCUUCAUUCGAAUCCCUUUCUCCAUCUUCUAGACCAGAUUCUCCCACUAGAUCCCAGGCACAGACUCCAGUUUUAAGUCCCUCCCUUCCUGAUAUGUCUCUGUCAACACCUCCAUCUGUUCUGGCUGGUGGAUGGCGAAAACUCCCACCUAAUCUCAGUCCCACCAUAGAGUAUAACGAUGGAAGACCAGCAAAGCGCCAUGAUAUAGCACGCUCCCAUUCUGAAAGCCCUUCCAGACUCCCCAUCAAUAGAUCAGGAACCUGGAAACGUGAGCACAGCAAACAUUCAUCCUCUCUUCCUCGAGUGAGCACUUGGAGAAGAACUGGAAGUUCAUCCUCAAUUCUUUCUGCUUCUUCGGAAUCCAGUGAAAAAGCAAAAAGUGAGGAUGAAAAACAUGUGAACUGUAUUUCAGGAACCAAACAAACUAAAGAAAACCAAGUAUCCACAAAGGGAACAUGGAGAAAAAUAAAAGAAAAUGAAAUUUCUCCCACAAGUAGUACUUCUCAGACGUCUUCCUCAGGUGCUGCCAAUGGUGCUGAAUCAAAGACUCUAAUUUAUCAAAUGGCACCUGCUGUUUCUAAAACAGAGGACGUUUGGGUCAGAAUUGAGGACUGCCCCAUUAACAACCCGAGGUCCGGAAGGUCUCCCACAGGAAAUACUCCCCCAGUGAUUGAUAGUGUUUCAGAAAAGGGAACGCCAAACGCUAAAGAUUCAAAAGAUAAUCAGGGAAAACAAAAUGUGGGUAAUGGCAGUGGUCCUGUGCGCACCAUGGGUUUGGAAAACCGCCUGAACUCCUUUAUUCAGGUAGACGCCCCAGAUCAAAAAGGAACUGAAGCAAAACCAGCACCAAGUAAUCCUGCCCCCGUGCCAGAGACUAAUGAAAGCUCCAUAACUGAGCGUACCCCAUUCGGUUCUAGCAGCUCGAGCAAACACAGCUCACCUAGUGGGACUGUUGCUGCCAGAGUGACUCCUUUCAAUUACAACCCAAGCCCUAGGAAAAGCAGCGCAGACAGCACUUCAGCUCGGCCAUCUCAGAUCCCUACGCCAGUGAAUAACAACACAAAGAAACGAGAUUCCAAAACUGACAGCACAGAAUCCAGUGGAACUCAAAGCCCUAAGCGCCAUUCUGGGUCUUACCUUGUGACGUCUGUUUAAAAGAGCUGGAAUAAUGAAACUAAGAAAAGUAUGUGUUAAUUACAACUGCUAUGUAGAAAUUUUGUUUCAAAUGAAACUUUAAAAGACUGAAAGUUUUGUAAAUAGGUUUGAUUCUUGUUAGAGGGUUUUUUGUUCUGGAAGCCAUAUUUGAAUAGUAUACUUUGUCUUCACUGGUCAUAUUUUGGGAGGCACUCUUAUAGUUAGAAAGAAAAUAGUAAAGCCAAGUAUAUUUGUACAGUAUGUUUUACACGUAUUUAAGUAGCAUCCCAUCCCAUUAUCCUUUAAUUAUUGCUUGUCUUAAAAUAAUGAACACUACAGAUAGAAGAUAUGAUAUAUUGUAUGAUUUAUUGCUGUUAUCAAUCAAUUCUAGGUUAUAAACUGACUAAACUUACAUCAGGGAGAAAUUGGUAUUUAUGCAAAAAACCAUUCUGUUUUAGUCCUUGUGAAUCCAUCUAACAUCAUAAUUAAUCAUGUGGCUGUGAAAUUCACAGUAAUAUGGUUCCCGAUGAACAAGUUUACCCAGCCUGCUUUGCUUUACUGCAUGAAUGAAACUGAUGGUUCAAUAAACAGUUCUGUGGUCACAUGGUGUGCAUAUAGAUAGCUACAGUGUAACAAUUUACACUCUUUUGUGCUCAAUACAAAAAAAAAUCUGUGUUAACUGUAAAACAUUGAAUGAAACUAUUUUACCUGAACUAGAUUUUAUCUGAAAGUAGGUAGAAUUUUUGCUAUGCUGUAACUUGUAUAUUCUGGUAUUUGAGGUGAGAUGGCUGCUCUUUUAUUAAUGAGACCUGAAUUGUGUCUCAACAGAAACUAAAUGAACAUUUCAGAAUAAAUUAUUGCUGUAUGUAAACUGUUACUGAAAUUGGUAUUUGUUUGAAGGGUCUUAUUUCACAUUUGUAUUAAUAAUUGUCAAAAGAGCCUCUUAAAAGCUUAUGUAAUUUUUUUUUCAAUUUCUAUGCAUUAAGAGUAAAAUUCCUCCUACUGUAAUAAAAACAAUUGAAGCUGACUGUUGGCAUUUAACCAUUCCAUGCAUUGGCACUGAAUCAUUCCUGAAAUUUAUUUUUCUUAUAUGUGAUUAGCACUUCCUAAUAUUUAAUAUUUUUCCACUUGUACUUUUUUUUCUUUACUCUAUUGGAGCUGGUUUAAAACAUAUUCAUUUAACAGCAAUGUCAACUGCCUCGCACAAACUAGGCAUUGAACAUAAAAGGCCCACAUAAAACAUUUCUCUUAAUAGAAUUCUGUACUUGAAAAAUUAAUGAGUUAUUCUUGAGUAUAAGUAGUCUCUUCCAAUGGGAGAAUGUAACUGUUGUCCCUUCAUCUUUCGCUGUGGCUACCUAGCCUGAAAUGAACAGCUUUUAUCACUGUUACAGCAAAUUUCCAGCAAGCAAGUAUAAUCAGCACUUUGCCACACUCAGCAAGAACAGAUCACAUGGAGUAUCAAAGGUAGACGUAAUACCAUGAGGAUAGCCAAACGACUAAACCCCCUGCCUGUUAAGGAAAACUGUUUUUGAUGGGUAGAAUUGUGGGGUGCAUUCAAGUGCCCUCUUCCUCACAUGUCAGGGAAAAUCCUCCUUUAUGAAGGAAGAUAAACUGAUACACUUAUUAACAAAUGGAAUUUAAUCUCUUCUCACAGUUUGUUCUAAAAGAUCAGAGGGUGAGGAUGAUGAUAAAUACGUUUGUUGAAUAAAUGAAAAUUUAUUUUUAAUCAUGCAUUCUGCAUUUGUAGAAGGAAAAAGAUACUUAGGUAUGGUGGGCACUGAGAAAAGGGUGAGAGGAGUAAGCACAUGUAUCUUGUGCCCUUGAAAUCACAUCAUGUAGUUAAUUACCUCUUACCCAUGAUGAUCACAGGAAAUGAGGCUGAUUUUUUUUUUUAACUAAAAUGCCAGUAAAGUGCUAUGAUUUGAAGUAAGGCAUUUCACUCCAUAGCCCAUACUCUUUCCACUGCACUACUUUGCAAACACCUCAAUUUACUGAUCUUUGGAAUACAUUGACAUUUAAAUUUUUGUCAAAUUUUAUCUGAAUGAAAUAGUUUGUGAAUAAUAAUACUAAUUUAUUCUGUUUAUAUUUUUCUUGAUCUGCUUUAUACAACAGGGUUACUUGCAUAUAGGUCAUAUUUCUUUCCUCUUGGUCAUGAUUUUCUAUUUUUUCUGAAUUGCAUUUCAGUUUUUAUAAAUCACUUCAAAUAUUUUUAUGGAAAGAGAUGGGGUGUAGCCAAUUAGGAUAAAAUUGCCCUUUUCAAGUAAGGAAAAAAAGGCCUUUUUUAAGUAAGGAAAAAUAUUAGCAGUGCUGGAAAUGAAAACAAAAGGUGCCUUCCACAUGCCAAAAAACUCAGAAAUUUUUGUAGGCAGCACCCACUGGGAGAGGCGCCAGUCUACAUUGCCCACUGAAGGAAAAGUUGCUCUAUAAGCCCCUCUCAUUAGAGAAUUAGUGAAGGGGCAAAUCUCAGUUCUACUUCUAGAAGUUCACAGGGUGCUGCCAUAACAUAGCAGGCCAGACAGUCCCAGUUUUUACUUCUUAUUUCCAAAAGGCAUACUGAGCUCAGUGUUGGGGAUUAGUUGUGAUGCCUGUUAAGUAGGAGGCAGUGCUCUAUCCAGCUGUGGACUGCAGCAAAUAAAUCUUAAGGCAACAGUUUUCAAACGAGUGCAUUUGAAUCACCAGGAGUGCUUGUAAGGACAUAGCUGGGCCACACCCCGCUAGUCUCUCAUUCUGAGUAGGGCCCAAGAAGUUGCAGUUCUAACAGUUUCGCAGGUAAUGCUGCUGCCCUGGAACCACACUUUGAGAACUACUGCCCUAAGUUAUAACAAGGAAGCUCCUUGAGUGAUUGCCUUCAGUUCUAGCAGUUCGUCCUCUGAACAACUGAACCUUUAACCUGACAAUGUAUACCAACAAAUAAACUUCUCUCUCCUUUAGGCAUAAAAGAUUUGAAUUCAGCUAUACAACCUGAUAUAGCUCAUCUCAACUCCCAGUAGUGGACAGAUUUACCAGACCUGCCUCAACAGGUAAUUCUAAACAUAAUGACUAUUUGAGGGAUCAGCUAACAUUCCCUUAAAACAGUUAUUGUAAAGGCAAUAAUUUCAGCAAAUGUCUAAUGCGCAUUUGCAAUAAGAAGAGACUAUGAAAAGGAACUUUCAAAUGAGGGAAGAUUGAUUUCGCGUGAAAGGAAAAUGUGCCCAAUGUGUUAAUAAACAGUAGGAGUGAUUGACAACCAAUUAACUAUGGCAAAUCAGAUUGGUAUUUAAGAAUAAACUUUACAAGUUACCUGGGCAGUAAAAGGAAUGUUAAUGAGAAGGAAAUAAAAGAUGAACAUUCAUAAGGAUCAAAUAGGACCAUAAGUAAAGUCCAAAAAAAACAUUGACUGUAAAAUACAAUUCAUGUUACCACAAGGUUAGGUGAAGGGAUGAAUCUGUUACUGAGAAUGGGAGCCAGUUGCACUAUAUCUGAAUUUAUGUUAUCACUAGGUUUCUCUGUAUCUAUGAUAGGAAAAGAACAGAGUGCCAGAAAUGUAAAAUAAAUUGCCAAGAGAUGAAAGAUUUGAGUAAAAUCAUUAAAAUUUACCAAACAAAAAAUUUUUCAAAAGUUAUGGGGCUGAAAUAGAGUAUACAAAUUAGUUUUUAAUUUCUAAUAAGCAUAUAUCCCUCAUAUUAUGCCUACUGUAAAAUACUGCUUUGUAGUGUUGAAACCUAUGGACUUUGACUUCUGUGAACACCAGGUCAUUUUCUUGCCAUUACCCUCACUCUGUUACAUGGUCUAUAAAACUAUAUUCUGUUUUUUUGUUAGGCCAUUGAUACUUCCUUCAACCUGUAUGUUCUAUGUGUAUAAUAUUGUUCUUGGUGCUAAAUACACUUUCUUUCCUCUGA